CUUUCGUAAGGGGUAGACAGAUACAUGCACAUACACUUUACGAAGCUCAACUAGUAUACUGCUUAAAUUAAAGAACUGCUGGGUUACGCACAAAAGAAAAUUUCUUUUCUUCCUCGUAGUUCUGGGUCCGGCGAAUCAGCCGAAGAGCCCGUUAUAUCUUGGGGAAGAUUUCCAGUCACCGGAAAUACUUUCUUUAGGACAGCGUCUAACGCGUCUCGGACUGUUUUAUUUUUCUAACAUUAUUUUGCAGGUUCCGACGACGAAUAUAUCUCCAACAAUCUAAAGAAAGUAGCACUAUGGCGUCGGAUACACCUACUCAAAUAAUCUCGGUUCCGGACACCCCCAACGGAAAAGGAGCUACAAACAAUUCUGACUCGCAUGUUAACAUGCAAUUUGAGGUCCAGCCUAUCCAUGCAAAACCUUUUCCCGAUAUUUCUAAAAUAGAAGUAUUUUCAGGGGCCAAUUUCAAGAGAUGGCAAGAACGUCUAUUCUCAACGCUCGACGUGCAUGGCGUUGCCGACGUUCUUACCCAGUCCAUGCCGGCCAAAGACAACUCACCCGAAGGCAUCAAGCUCCUUCAACAGUGGACCCACGCAAACAAGGUUUGCCGUCAUACAAUUCUUAGCACUUUAUCUAAUGAAUUGUUUGAUGUUUAUUGUACGAAAAAGGAAGCGAAGGAAAUUUGGAGUUCUAUGAUAGCCAAGUACACGGUUGAGGACACCGUCAAGCAGAAAUUUGUAAUAGGAAACUAUUACAGGUGGGAAAUGAAGGAGGACAGAGACAUCAAGGCGCAAAUUCACGAGUACCAGACGUUGUUGGAGGAUCUUAAGAGCGUCCAGAUAGAACUGUCGGAGCCAUUCGCUGCCGGAGUCCUGGAGGGACUAUAGACGAGACCUCAAACACGACUUUGGGCUUAUGUCUUUCAAUGAUGUGAUUACCCACAUCAUCAUUGAAGACACAAACCGGAAGGAAAAUGUCAAGAGUCAAGCAAAGGAAUAUACAUCAAAUGCAAACUUGGUGGAGACGGAGGACAAAGGGAGGUAUGAAAAUAAUCAUUCUAAUAAUAAGCCCAACUACAAUAAAUAUAAACAAACCACAAAUUUUAAAAGAAAGGGUGAAUGUUAUGUUUGUGGGAAACCGGGGCACAUUGCUAGUAAGUGUCGAAAAAGGGCGUUUGUGAACAACAAAAAACCACCCAAACCAAGUGCAAACUUGGUUGAGGGUGAUGAAAUUAUAACGGUGGUUGUCUCACAAACGUGUCUGGUGGUGGAUGUGAAGGAGUGGGUUGUAGACUCGAGAGCUACUAGGCAUAUUUGCCAAGACAAAAGUGUGUUUUCCUCCUAUACACCAAUAGGGGAUGAAGAGGAGUACAUACAUCUUGGGGAUUCUAGAACUACCCAGGUGCACGGAAAGGGCAAAGUUAAUAUCAAACUCACAUCCGGCAAGACAUUAUCACUCACCGACGUACUUCAUGUGCCCGAGAUACGGACGAAUUUAAUCUCUGUUUCACUCUUGGGAAGAGCCGGUGUCAAGGCAUCCUUUGAAUCCGACAAGGUGGUUCUCACUAAGAAUAAUAUAUUUAUUGGAAGAGGUUAUUGUAAUCAAGGGCUUUCAUGUUGAAUGUGUCAGGAGUGUUGAAGUAAUUUGUUUUCUAGUUAUUGAUAAAUAAGUCGUGAGCUACAUUUGUUUUCUAUUUUAUUUGCUAAAUAAGUGUUGUAAGCAUCUUUAUGAUAUUACCACGUAUGAAUUUUAGUUUGAAUAAAAUCAGAUUUUUAAUGGCCUGUGAUAGAA